ACGCGGACUCCUGUGUAUUUGAGUGAUGGAGGAGGGUGAGGAAGAGAAGAUGGGUGAGUCAGAGCCUGUGCUCCAUACACAGCAGCUUUGUCGCUUCUUCUCUCAAGGAAGACACUGCAAUUUUGGGAAGAAAUGCAGAUUCCUACACAUAAGAGAUGAUGCCAAAGCUCAUGAGAAGAAAACCAACAGGACACCCAGACAGUCAGAUGUUGCAUCUCCAAACUCAGAGAUCCCUGGGGGAGAUGUGGGGCAUAGGCCUCCUCCCACUUGUAACUCCAGGGUUGCUCCAGCAGCUGGCCGCCGCCCCUGUCGCUACUUUAUCUCAGGCCAUUGCACUAUGGAAGACAGAUGUCGCUUCUGGCAUCCACCACAGUUCCCCCCACUGGAUGACCAACCUGUUCCUAGCAAGAACCCAAGACCUGCACAGAGGAUGCCACCAGUACCUCAUCCUGGCAUCCUCCAAGAGGUCAAGCUGUGUGACCUGACAGAGAAUGUCACCAUGCAGCUACGAGACACAGAGAUCAAGCAAUUGAAGAAGCGUUUCCCCAAAGAACAGCUGAUUAUUCAGGAACAAAGUAAUGGCAAAGUUACUUAUUACAGGAUGGCUGUAGAGGCCACUGAUCCAGACUGGCCCUUCGAUCUGAAAGAAGUCGACAUCAUGGUGAGCUUCCCAGACAGUUACCCCCAGGAGAUUUUUACAUUGGACAUACCGUUGGACCAGGAGCUGCCGCCAAUAAUGGCAAGACAUGUACAGCAAGCAUCUUUGGAAUGGCUUCAAGCCAAGCAUGCAACCAAUCAGCUACUGGGAAAGGUAGAGCUGCUCUUCCGGCCUUUUCUUCGCUGGCUCGAUCGUAGCUUGGAGAGACUGUUCACUGAAGGAGCCCGGCAGUUAAAAAAAGACAUUGAUUUAGAAAAAGCUGGAUUGCAGUUCAUACCGUACCAGGAACUCCAGGCAGCAGUAUGUGAAAAAUCUGUGAACUGUUAUUCUUCUGACACCCCUGCUGAAGGUGAGGAUGUCCGUGAUGAAGGAAAACUGGAAAAGACAGAUAGUGAGAGGACAAUGGGGCGGGGGACGUUAGUGCAGCAGGAGGGUCCAGGUAGUGAUGAAGGGCAGCAGCCGGAGGAGGAGGAGGAGGAAGCCAGUCAUCUGGUGGAGAACAUUAAGAUCAGCGAUCCCCGCAGAGGCACAGAGGUAAAGCUGCUGGGACUGAGGCUGGGAGAGAACACAGCCACCGUAGUGGCCAGACAAAUCACUGUUUGUCUUCAAUGUAACAGGUGUAAGGUGACUGCAGACCUGACACUGACUGGUAGGGCACCCUGCACAGCUCAGUGUGAAAAGUGCAGUGCAAGCAUCAAUGCUGCUUUCAGGCCCUGCAUGGUGCACCAUUACAGCGAUGUCUUGGGAUACCUGGACCUUCACAACGCUUCACCCGCUGAUCUUGUUCUUCAGGAAUGUGAACUCAUUGUGGGCUGCCUCAGCUGCUCCCAGGAGGGCCCCGUGCAGAACCUUUCCUAUGGUCAAACGAAGGAGUUUAAUUGUGAACACUGCCACAGCAAACUCGGGAUUCUGGCUGAGAGCACAAGAUUCCAGUAUAUUCCUCCACGUGCCAGCAAAACAGGUCCAAGUGCUUGUGCUGCUAAUUAUAAGACGAUAAGAGAUCCUGCAGUGCAAAAGGGAAAGCCGCUGCCAGAAAAAGGAGUGUGCAAACAUUACAGACAGAGCCACCGCUGGCUAAGGUUUCCCUGCUGUGGACGGGCUUACCCCUGUGAUGGGUGCCAUGACGAGGACCAGGACCACCCCAUGGAACUGGCCACCAGGAUGAUCUGUGGCUACUGUGCCAAAGAACAGCCGUAUGGCAAUGGAAAGCCUUGCAUCAGCUGUGGAAGCAUGAUGACGAGAGGGGCACGCACCAGCCACUGGGAGGGAGGACUGGGAUGCAGAAACAAAGUCAAAAUGAGCAGAAAUGAUCGACAUAAAUAUGCCAACACCAACAAAACGAUUUCAAGGAAGGCCGUUGGUGAUAAGAAGUAGUUGGAGAGCAUUAUCCCCAUAACUUGUGAAAAGACAUAAGUUUAAAAUGAUUUCAAAGAAAUGAUUGCACAUUUUCCUCAUUAAAUCAUGUUGUGAUUGUUCAGUGUGAUUUGACAUUUUAAAGUCUGUAAAUGUAAUGUGGAUUGAUUUGGAUGACUCUUGAGUUUUAUCUUUAAAAUGUGAAAUUUCUGUAAAUCAGAAUCAAAAUGAAGGUUUACUCUGCAACUCGGAUUAGAAAAAAAUAUUUCUAUAUUUCACUUUUACAAGAAAAAGCGUCUUUGUCCAUGUUCUUGAAUAAUUUUGGUUAACUUUACGAAACCGCUCUGGUUGGUAGAAAAGCGCCUUCACCUUCUUUUUCUCCUGUUGUACUCGCCUUCUCCAGCUGUUUCAUUUUCCUGCCUACCUUUUGCUGCGCUUGGCCUCUUGGGAGAAAGAGGGCCUUUAUUCUAUCAGUACAAGCUCCAACCGGACAGGCGGCUAACAAUGGGAAUGACGGCUAAGAGCUUCACGACAGUGCUGUAAAACCACACAUUGUUUGUUUUCCUCUAAUAAUUGGCAUGUUCAUACUGCCUACACAAAUACUGCCACAGGAUGCUCUCUGUAUGAAGUAUUGAUUGAAGUAUUGAUGGACUAGCUGUACUUCUCCUAUUUGACCUAUUUCUUUUAAUUAUAACUGGCAUUAUAUACAUCACAAGCAUUCACAGCUUUACCCUUGGAUUCUUGCGAUCCACCAUGAACACGUGGUGCCUUUUUCUUGGUCGACAGAGCAGCUCAGCAUCCCAGAACGGAUGACUGUUGGUCCCUGGAACAUCCACAACCCAAUUAUUUUAAAGUGCCACCCACGUUCAGUUUUUGCAAGCAAAGCAAACCCCAAACACUUCCUGUUCUUUCUGUUCUCACAAUAUUAACACAAAGUCUUUCCUUUCAUAUUUUGCUUACAAGUCCCACGGAGGGAUAAUAAGCUUUCAAACAAGAAAACCAAGUACUGUUUGUCAGGCUUUAAUCAAGAGGCCCAGUACAACACAAAGGGAAUAAAAGAUAACCUGUACUUGACAAAGUUCUGAGCCAGUUAACAGGGAAGGAACAGAUGGAAAUACUAAUGCAUGUAACAGCCAGGAGUGAUAAUUAGUAUCAUGUCUUAUGAGUUUGAAUGUGUAUGCUUGACCUUGGAAAUAGCCCUUACAAAGUGUACGGUUGCAUGCAGUGUGCAUACAACAAUAAAGUUGCACCUUAAGCUUUGACCCUCUCACUCAUAUUCUGCAGAAGAGAUUGUUGGUCACAAUAGCCUAAAAACGCUUACCUCAAAACCUGACCGGGCGCAUUAGGACAUCCUGGUAUUUAAGGCAUACUGCAUUGACACAUUUUAUGCAUCAGAACAUACUAUAGCUUUUCUGGUGUACUACUGUAAAUAAUAUGGUACUAUGGGUAUUGUACAGCAGUGUUACUUUUCAUCUCCAUGACAACUGGGCAGCUCCAUCUGCUAAAGAAGGCCAUAAGAUACACAGACCAAGUGGACUUGAU